UUCAAUUUGCAUUUGAAGUUGUCAUGACUGUAACCUAUACCGCAGAAGUUGCAACAUGCAAGAAAUUCGGUUGCUUUGUAAAAUUGCUGGCAAGAUGGAGAGGAAGCAUUUACAAAUUGGUCUGGAUGGAUUUGCUACUAUUUCUCGCUUUAUACUACGGCAUUAAUUUGAUAUAUAUUUAUUUACUGGAUAAAGAUUCCCAGAAGACCUUCGAAAGUGUGGUGUACUAUUGUGCCAGUUACAGCAGCCUGAUACCGCUCUCAUUUGUUUUGGGUUUCUAUGUCAAUUUGGUGAUGACCCGAUGGUGGGAGCAGUACAUAACCAUCCCUUGGCCGGACUCGGUGGCAGUCUAUGUCAGUGCCCAUGUUCAUGACCAGGACGAGCGCGGUCGUGUCAUGCGUCGCACAGUCAUGCGUUACGUCUGUCUAUGUCUGACAACAGUCUUCACCAUGAUCUCGCCCUGUGUCAAGAAACGAUUUCCGAAAAUGAAACAUUUGGUUGAGGCCGGCCUCCUGCUGGAGAAUGAGAAGAAAAUCAUUGAGUCAAUGGAUGUGGCCUUUCCAAAGUAUCCCAAACAUUGGAUGCCAAUUAUAUGGGCGGCCAGUAUAAUUACAAGGGCACGCAACGAGGGUCUGAUACGGGAUGAUUUUGCGGUUAAGACCAUUAUAGAUGAACUGAAUAGCUUCCGUGGUCGCUGUGGCACCCUUAUGUACUAUGACUUUAUCAACAUUCCCUUGGUCUAUACGCAAGUUGUGACAAUUGCCGUGUACUCGUUUUUCGUGUGCAGUCUUUUGGCCCAUCAAUGGACUGAGUUCAAGAAAAACACCUACGAGGGCUUGGACUUCUACAUGCCACUCUUUAUUACAUUGCAGUUUUUCUUCUACAUGGGCUGGCUAAAGGUGGCUGAAACAUUGAUUAAUCCCUUUGGAGAAGACGAUGAUGAUUUUGAGGUUAACUGGAUGAUUGAUCGCAAUUUGCAAGUGUCUUAUUUGAUCGUUGAUGAAAUGCACCAUGAACAUCCGGAGUUGGUGAAGGACCAGUACUGGGAUGAUGUCUAUCCCAAUGAGUUACCCUAUGAAUCAGAGGCCAAAAGAGAACAACAUCCCGAGCAUUCAACAGCCAAAUAUGAUGUGGACGAAUCCUUGGAACAGUCUUUUAAUAAAAUAUCUCCGAGUGGGGAAACUGGAUCUGCCAUCCAUUCUCUGGGUAGUAUUGAAGGUGAGAUUUUAAAUACAGUGUUAGAAAAGCGUUCUUCGGAGCAUCUCUUACAAGAAAAUUCCUCCUCGGAUGUGGAGAGUGUACAAAAAAUCGUGUCUUAUAGAUCAUCAGAGUUUUCGGAAAAUAUUUUAUGGAAGAAGGACGAAAAUGAUGGUAAAUCACAAAUAACUUUAGAUACUAUUUCCGAAGAUAAACGAUUUGAACAUGAGGAAAGCGAAAUAAUGGGUGAAGAAGAAUCUUGCCAGGAGGAAGGAGAAGAAGUCCAGGAUACAUACGAAAGUGAGACUGAAGUUGAUCCCUUUGAGCAGUUACGCCUGGAACGUCAACGGCAACGCAUCCAGAGAAUGCAUGAUUUUCUUCAACGUUAUUUUGGUCCACAUUUCAAAAUUGAAAUGCCACAGGUUAUUCCAGAUAAUGGAACCUUAACGAAAAGUAGGAAGACAUGUAGGAAGAGGACGAAGGAAGAAUCCAACUCUGUGGAAAAUAAUACUUCAAUGGAAUCAAAUUUGAGAGAAAUUCUUGAGAACCUUCCUAUUGGAGGAAUGCAGAUACCCAGUGAUGUAUCAAUGCCAUUCCUUGUUGAUGCUGGAACUUCGCCAAUGAGUUCGGCAAAAAGUUACUCCACAGCUGGUAUUUUUGAAUAGAAUUCUUUGGAGACAUACCUCCUUCUUAUUGAAUAGCGCAGCACUUUAAUAAUUUACCACACAAUUUAAUGUAAUUCCUUGUAUCUAGAAUGAAUUAUUUAAUUUUUAUAUUUAUUGCUUUUAAUAAACUAAAAUGAAUUACCCUAUGAAUCAGAGGCCAAAAGAGAACAACAUCCCGAGCAUUCAACAGCCAAAUAUGAUGUGGACGAAUCCUUGGAACAGUCUUUCAAUAGAAUAUCUCCGAGUGGUGAACAUGGAUCUGCCAUCCAUUCUCUGGGUAGUAUUGAAGGUGAGAUUUUAAAUACAGUGUUAGAAAAGCGUUCUUCGGAGCAUCUCUUACAAGAAAAUUCCUCCUCGGAUGUGGAGAGUGUACAAAAAAUCGUGUCUUAUAGAUCAUCAGAGUUUUCGGAAAAUAUUUUAUGGAAGAAGGACGAAAAUGAUGGUAAAUCACAAAUAACUUUAGAUACUAUUUCCGAAGAUAAACGAUUUGAACAUGAGGAAAGCGAAAUAAUGGGUGAAGAAGAAUCUUGCCAGGAGGAAGGAGAAGAAGUCCAGGAUACAUACGAAAGUGAGACUGAAGUUGAUCCCUUUGAGCAGUUACGCCUGGAACGUCAACGGCAACGCAUCCAGAGAAUGCAUGAUUUUCUUCAACGUUAUUUUGGUCCACAUUUCAAAAUUGAAAUGCCACAGGUUAUUCCAGAUAAUGGAACCUUAACAAAAAGUAGGAAGACAUGUAGGAAGAGGACGAAGGAAGAAUCCAACUCUGUGGAAAAUAAUACUUCAAUGGAAUCAAAUUUGAGAGAAAUUCUUGAGAACCUUCCUAUUGGAGGAAUGCAGAUACCCAGUGAUGUAUCAAUGCCAUUCCUUGUUGAUGCUGGAACUUCGCCAAUGAGUUCGGCAAAAAGUUACUCCACAGCUGGUAUUUCUGAAUAGAAUUCUUUGGAGACAUACCUCCUUCUUAUUGAAUAGCGCAGCACUUUAAUAAUUUACCACACAAUUUAAUGUAAUUCCUUGUAUCUAGAAUGAAUUAUUUAAUUUUUAUAUUUAUCACUUUUAAUAAACUAAAAUUGUGUUCCACAUA